AUGCGCAUACCAAACGGGAACAUCAUGUCGAACUUGGUGUUUCGAAUUCUUUUGCUUCUGAUUCCCCUCACGGUACAAGCAUCAGGAGCUGCACCUCGACUUGCAAAGCCUAACUGUAGGGAAACAUGCGGGGACGUCACCAUUCCCUUCCCCUUCGGAAUAGGAGCUGGUUGUUUCUUGGAUGACUGGUACGAGAUCGGCUGCCAGCAAAACCACACGGUUCCCAUACUAAAGAAGAUCGGAUUGCGAGUUCUCAACAUUUCACUCCCUAAUUUAUUUGGAUUUGCAAACGGCAUGAUUAACGUCAGUCUUCCUCUAUUUUACUCAAAUGCCAGCUGCGGGGGUGAUAGGCAUGGUGUACCGGUGAGCUUAGAAGGAAGUCAAUUUGUCUUCUCCGAGACAUCGAACAUCUUUACAUCGGUCGGUUGCAACACCCUGGCAACAAUGAAUAGUGCAGAACCAGAUGUUCAUGGUUGCAGGUCGAUAUGUACUGGAAACUACACCAACAUUAGCCGGUAUAGUACUUGUUCCGGGAAAGACGGAUGCUGCCAGACUAUGCUGCCUUUUAACCUACAGGACUUUAGUGUGGAUUUCAAAAACGAAGGUGGACAUCAGGGGUGCAAUUACGCUUUCCUGGCAGAUAGAUCAUGGUUCGUGAGGUCUGAAUUUACAGAUUUAUAUGAUUUAAGAUUGAAUGACACGGUUCGAGUGGUGUUGGAAUGGGGGAUUCCAAACAACACCAACUAUGCACUUGAGCUUAUCCGGCAAAAUCACGGCUUCACCUUUAUAGGCCUAUCUUUGUGA